AUGGUAGGACAUACCAAAAAUGAAUUGAUAGUUCCUUCACUAUCGACAGUAUCAUCAAUUAAUCGAAUUAAGAUUGUUACUCAGCAUGAAUAUUUUGAACCAUAUCCAACGGUUAAAGAUUGGUUUAAAAAAAAGAUCAAUAAUCCUAAACAAAAAAUCAAGCAUUAUUUUCAAUCCUAUUUACCAUUUCUCGAUUGGAUCUAUCGAUAUAAUUUCGUAUGGCUUUCGAAUGAUCUUAUAGCUGGUUUGACUGUUGGUGCUAUUGUUAUUCCACAAGGAAUGGCCUAUGCUGGACUAGCUAAAUUGGCACCACAAUUUGGCUUGUAUACUUCAUUUAUUGGUGCAAUGAUUUAUUGUUUUUUUGCCACGAGCAAGGAUAUUAGUAUUGGACCUGUAACCGUUAUGUCAGCAUUGACCGGUAGUAUAGUCGAUGCUAUACAUAGAGAUUAUCCAAAAUAUGAAUCACAUAUAAUUGCAUCAACAUUAUCUCUUAUAUCUGGUUGUAUUGUUUUUAUUCUCGGAAUGUUUCGUCUUGGUUUUAUAGUCGAUUUUAUUCCUCUGCCAGCAUUAACAGCAUUUAUGACUGGAUCAGCAUUAAAUAUUAUCGUGGGACAAAUACCAAUAAUGAUGGGUAAUAAUAAAUAUUUAAAUACACAUGAAUCAAUUUAUUUAAUUUUUGGUCAUUUUUGGAAACAAAUUCAACAUUGUAAUUUAAAUGCUGUAUUUGGUUUAACAACACUUAUUUUACUUUAUUUAAUUCGUUUUAUUUGUAUUCAUUCUAGUAAACGUUAUCCUAAAUAUGAAAAAAUUUUUUUCUUUAUCAGUACACUUCGUAUUGUAUUUGUAAUUCUUCUCUUUCUUUUCAUUUCAUGGUUAAUCAAUCGUCAUAAUCCUGAUCAUCCACGUAUAUCUAUACUUGGUAAAAUUCCACGUGGUUUUCAAAAUUUAGGUAUACCAUAUAUCGAUCGAACAUUAUUGAAUGCCUUAACAUCCUAUCUACCUUCGACAGUUAUUGUUCUUCUUAUUGAACAUAUUGCUGUUGCGAAAUCAUUCGGUCGAAUUAAUAAUUAUACUAUUGAUUCGAAUCAAGAAUUGAUUGCUAUUGGUGUAAUAAAUAUUUUUGGACCUUUUUUUGGUUCUUAUCCAGCAACAGGUUCAUUUUCACGAACAGCAAUUAAAUCAAAAGCGGGUGUACGAACACCAUUAGCUGGUUUAUUUACUGGUUUACUUAUUAUUUUGAGUAUUUAUGUUUUAACAGGAAUUUUCUAUUGGAUAUCACAAGCUUGUCUAGCUGCUGUUAUUAUUCAUGCUAUUGGUGAUGUAAUUGUUGGACGAGAAACUUUAAAACGUUUUUGGCAAAUUAAUCCAAUUGAAUUUUUUAUUUUUUUAUUUGGAGUUUUAGCAACAAUAUUUUCUACUAUUGAAAUUGGUAUUUAUAUAACGAUUAUUUCUUCGAUUGUUCUUCUAUUAUUUCGUAUGGCAAAAGUUCAUGGUAAAUUUAUUGGUCGAGUUGAAAUUCAACAAAUGAAAUUAAAUUUCAAUAGUUAUUCUCAUAUAACAACUCGAAAUAUUUAUAUACCAUUCGAUCAUUCUGAUGGUUCAAAUCCAAAUAUUAUUCCAAUAUCAUCUAGUAAUAAUGGUAUAUUUAUCUAUCGACUAAAUGAAAGUUUUUUAUAUCCAAAUAUUAAUUAUUAUAUGGAACAUUUCAUUGAACAUAUAUUUCAUGAAACUAAACCAGACAAAAUAAAUCGAUAUAAUUCAAUUGGUGAACAACCAUGGAAUUUAAAGAUUAAUCAUCAUUCAGAAGAAAAUGAUCAACGUCCAUAUUUAUAUGCUAUAAUUUUGGAUUUUACCGGUGUUAUUCAUUUAGAUAUAACUAGUCUACAAAAUCUUGUUGAUAUUCGUGAACAAUUAGAUAGUUAUGCGAAUAAAAAAAUUCAUUGGCAUUUUGUUGGUUUAUCAAAUCCUUGGAUGAAACGUGCACUUAUUUCAGUUGGAUUUGGAUCAUCUGAUCAAGAUCAUACAACUUUUUCUCUAGCAAAAGUACAUGAUCGUAAUGAAGAUGUGAUUCUUGUUCCUAUUCUUGAUAUUAAUCGACCAUUUUUUCAUAUUGAUCUUGAUGAAGCAUAUGAAGUAGCUAUGAACAGUUUAAAUCAACAAGAAAUAUCUGUUGUUUCUCGUGAUGAUAUGACAUAA